AUGACAUUCGAGACUUCUAAUGACGCACUGUUGCCGGCUCAAACACCGCCGGCAUGGAGUGUAAUCCACUUCACUUUCAGCGACAGAGACACUGAUUCGAAGCUGGUGGUUAUGUGCAAUGACAAAUGCUUUGUCAUAUGUCUCUCCGCCGAUACCUUUUCUGAUUCGCCCAAGUUGAAAGAACGUUAUCUCUUCUUCUUGAAAGUUGCCGACGAGUUCGAGCUAGAUGGUGUAACCGUCGAGGACUUCUGGGAUUGGAUUGUCGAGCCUCUACUCCCCACUUUCCGGAAACUGCCCACUCCAGACCAGGCAACACCACGGACCUUGGACGGCUUUUUCAACCCCGAAACAUUCGUCUAUACCUUUCAAACGGUCUCCGAUGAGCGUAUACCACAGCUAGAUACAGACGCCCAACACCAAUCUUUAUUCGGUAUUUCUGUUCCUGAUGAACUCUGCGCGUCGUGGAAAUCCUUUGAUCCAUCUGAAGUACGGAUUUGCCAUGAGAAUGUGGUCGGCCCGCCUUCUCAUACGCCAAGCAAAGUCCUUUUGAACGACGGAACGAUUGCAUUCCUCAAGCUUGCGCGCCGUGGCGACAAGCAGUCCCUUCAAAAUGAGCUGGAUACAUAUGGGAAGAUAGAAAGAGCACAACUUGACAGCAAGAUAAGGAUUUCACGCCUCCGCGGCUUGGUGCGAAGCAGCGACAGUGUUGUUUUCGGUCUUUUACUUACCUAUAUUGACUGUAAGCGUGUUACACUAUCGUGUGCAGUGAAGCCGGAAACUGAAGUCUCACAAAGGGAGAGAUGGGCUGCACAAAUUCAGGAAACUAUUGGCCAAUUUCAUCAUGCUGGAGUCAUUUGGGGAGAUGCCAAACCGGACAAUGUCCUCAUUGAUGCAAAUGGUGAUGCUUGGCUUAUUGAUUUUGGUGGUGGAUACACGGAGGGAUGGGUGCCUAAGAACCUUGCUGGGACAAUGGAAGGUGAUCGCAUUGCUCUUGAGAAGAUACUAGAAUACAUCCGCACCUGA